AAAAUAAAAUCAAUAAACAUAAAGAAUUACAUAAUAAAUUAAUAAAGAGAUUGUUUCGCCUUCUUUUGUGUUAGGAGAGAGAAAAAAAAAAUAUAUAAUGUAACAAAAAUGAUUCCGAUCUUGUUGUUGGCCUAUUGUUCACUUCCCCCCUUAUUUCUUGCUUUGCUUAAACCUACAUAGACAGCACUACAAAAAAACUUUUAUUUGGGCCACAUGCCAAAGAUUUUUACUUAGUUUAAUUUCUUCCUUACUCACUAGUUUCUUCUUUCACUUUUGUUUCCUUUAAAGUAUCUUCACUAACCACUCAUGUCAUAUCAUUCUCAUCACACUAUCAUACAUAUAUUGAUACUUGUAUAUAUAUACACACACAAACUCGAUCAUUCAUUCAUAUAUAGAUGUGUUUUACAAGCACUAGAAAAUAUAUAUACAAACUCAGUCAUAAGUUGUUUAGUUGAUCAACUAUCAAUAAUACUAUUGAAAUGGCACUUAGUAAACCAAUUCUUGUUGUGCUUUUCAUACAAACCCUAUAUACUGGUAUGCUCUUGCUCUCUAAGGCUGCAUUCAACGUCGGCAUGAAUAAUUUUAUAUUCACCUUCUACAGACAGGCCAUUGCCACCAUCUUUCUAGGUCCCAUAGCCCUCUUUCUCGAAAGGAAAAAUAUACCCCCGAUCUCAUUCAAGAAUUUUUGGCAAAUAUUCGCAAUGUCUUUAUUUGGGAUAACAUUGAGUUUGGAUUUGUAUGGCAUUGGCUUGACCUAUACUUCAGCAACCAUGGGUGCUGCUACAACCAAUUGUCUUCCUGUCAUUACUUUCUUCCUUGCUGUUCUUGUUAGAUUAGAGGUAUGGAAAAUAAAGACAGCCCCAGGGAUAGCGAAGCUAAUUGGCGUGGUAAUAUGCUUGGGAGGUGCCAUGACUCUCGCACUUUAUAAGGGUCCUUCCAUCAAACUGUUUAGCCAUCCUCACUUGCUGGGUGGUCUCGACCCAGCAGCCAACCAACCACCACAGUCUCGAACCCAUUCCGGCCCCACUUGGAUUAAGGGUGUUUUUAUCUUGCUCACCGGUAACACGUUUUGGGCUCUUUGGCUUGUUGUCCAGGCUCGAAUCAUGAAAGGUUACCCGUCAAAGCUUUUGUUCACAGCACUAAGUUGCUUCUUGAGUUCAAUUCAGUCAUUUGCAAUAGCUAUUCUUGUGGAACGUCGUCCUUCUCAAUGGAUGCUUGGUUGGAAUGUCCGUCUUCUAGCCGUUGCUUAUUGUGGGAUAGUGGUAACAGGAGUGGCAUACUAUUUACAAGCAUAUGUGAUAGAGAAGAAGGGGCCAGUAUUUCUAGCACUGUGGACUCCUUUAGGGCUUAUCCUUACCAUGCUUUGUUCUGUUCUUCUGCUUGGAGAGAUCAUCACUUUGGGCAGUGUCAUAGGUGGAAUAUUGCUAGUUGGAGGGCUCUACAGUUUCUUGUGGGCAAAGAGCAAAGAACAAAUUAUCAUUCCAUCAACUUGUUCAACCGUUAUUGAAGCAGAUAAAGAAGGCCUGGAAUUUAAAGUAAUAGAAGGAACCAAGAAUUCACCCUCCAUUGUAUAAGUAUAUAUAUCUAAUUAAAGGUUUUGUAAGGCAAGAAGGCCAGAUAACUCGAAAUUGAGAGAGCAUCAGAUCCUGAGACUUGAAGGUGUUAAUAAGGACCAAGGAGAAAUUCAUCAAAAGCUCUCAAGUUUUGAUGUUGGCUGCUGAUUUCUUACACUUAUACCAAGUAUAUUUUGAGAAGAAAUUAAAUAUGAAGUAUAUAUACUGUAUUAGGGUAGCAUCAAAUCAAUGCAUAGAGAUGAUGUAAUUCUUUCAUCUCAUUCUAUGCCUAUUAUAGGAAGUUUAAUGUUAUGUGAUCAUCCAAUAUAGAGUACAUAUUUUUUUUCUUACUAAUAGAAUAUUAAAAAUACAAAAUACUACGUAUAUACAACAAUCUUCUUAUA